AUCAUUUUCUGAUGGCGUCCAUUGAUCCGAAUUUGGACAUCACUGAUUCAACGAGUUCACCAAAAUCAACGGCCCCCUGCAGCCGAGAUAUAACCUCGCCGACGAUGACGUCAAUUUUUGGGCCCAAUAGACCCAACAACGAGCAGUCGCAGCCGUUCUACUUGGUCAGGGAGCCACCAACCAGGGCUAAACUUACAGGUGACAGGGACUUGCUGACCGAAUUCGGCCUCGAACAGGCGCUUCACGAACUCAGGAAAGAGAAUAUUCAGGAAUCGCUAAGCUCUUUUCUGCCCAACAUUCCUGAAGUACUGCAGCUCAGUACUCAUCCGGUGAGGAACGGUACACUGGGAAGCGUGGUGAAGAAUCCGCCAACGCACAAAAAGGCGAUUCGUCCAUUGAAUAAACAGUUGGAUGGCUUUCGACUGCAUACAGGUAAACUGCCUUCCUGCUGGAAGGAGCAAAGCGUACAUUACUCCCAAGGAGAUGGUCCCACUUCAACUACAGGGCAGGCAUCAACGCUGUCAAACUCUGUGGUACUGGACACUAAAGAGAAGAACGAUAAUUCAAAUAAAAACCAGAAGAUCAUGGGGAAACAGGCUGCAGACCUGUGCAAGGUGUCCAUAAAGAGUAUUGCUAUGAAGCGUAAGCAGAAUAAUGCCAACGGUGGCCAAGGGAAAAAAAAAGAGAAGAAAGAAUCCAAGGAAUACAUUGUCAAAACUUCCCAGAAGAACAAGCGUGGAAAAAGUGCGACCCAGCAAUCCCUCCGAGCGAUUUCACCAUCAAAACUGUUGCAGUAUUGCGUGCAGGCUCUCGGAAAGAAGCGAAAGAAUUUCAAGAGACAAUGAUGAGAAAGCAGCCGAUGGCAAACGAUCAUAGUGGAGUGUGUCGAGUGGUCGUCGAAGUAUACAUACCUAUGCCGCUAUAUUCUAUGGUCCUUUGAAUUCUCAUCAGAUGAACCAGUAACUAGCAGACAGACUUAUCAGGAGCUGCAAUUUGAAACUAGAAAUUAAACUGUUAAUAAUAUGCAAAUGCUUUUCAAAUAUUCAGGUCACCUUUUCUAUA